UCGGGGCUACCGGCUGCCGCACUCGGAGCUGCCGGAGGGACCCCGCGAGUGUGUCCCCACACCUCCCCUCCCUGCGGUGCUGACGGUUUGUGUCUGUGGCAGCGACCGUGUGUGAGUGUGCGCGCCGGUCCCCGCGUGCUCGAGGAUGUCUGUGGAUGGCCGUCGUCUAGACAGGCAGCAGAUCCCUCCCUCCGUCCGCAGCCAGCCCGCGGGCCGUGGGGGGCGCGGGGGAUGGGAGCAGAGGAGAAAACCGAAUUGGUGGAUCAACUGCGGCCGCAGCUUUGGCCAUUCCCCACAGUUGGGAUUCUGCUGGCUUUUAUAAUUAUUAUUUCCGUCGCCGCGGUGCGCUCGGACCUGGAGAAUAGAUAAGCCCGGUCGUACCGGGGUUAAGUUGACAGGUUCUGAAAAGCCAGCUCUUGGUGGAGAGUGACCCGAGAGGCUGCGGAGUGGGCUUGGCUCCCGUUCUUCAGGACAACAAGCAGCCGGCCCCACACCCCUGAGCUGGAGGGAUGGAGAACUCAUCGGCAGCCUCGGCCUCCUCGGAGGCUGGGAGCAGCCGAUCCCAGGAGAUCGAGGAGCUGGAGCGCUUCAUCGACAGCUACGUGCUGGAGUACCAGGUGCAGGGGCUGCUGACCGACAAGACGGAGGGUGACAUUGAGAGCCAGAGGACGCAGUCCCACAUCUCCCAGGAGGAAUCGCUCAAUGGUGGACCACCCAUGAAAGGAUUAACAGAAGAAUGGACAGCGGAUUGCGGCGAGCAGCUCAACAGCAGCUGCUCCUUCUCCAGAGGGCGAGCCCCGCCGCAGCAGAAUGGCAGCAAGGACAGCACUCUGGACAUGCUGGGCACAGACAUCUGGGCUGCCAACACCUUUGAUUCCUUCAGUGGUGCCACCUGGGACCUGCAGCCUGAAAAGCUGGACUUCACCCAGUUCCACCGGAAGGUCCGACACACGCCCAAGCAGCCACUGCCACACAUCGACCGCGAAGGGUGUGGAAAAGGGAAACUGGAAGAUGGGGAUGGCAUCAACCUGAAUGACAUUGAGAAGGUCCUCCCGACCUGGCAGGGCUACCACCCGAUGCCCCAUGAAGUGGAGAUCGCACACACCAAGAAGCUGUUCCGGAGGAGGAGAAACGAUCGAAGAAGACAGCAGAGACCUCCAGGGGGGAACAAGCCCCAACAGCACGGGGACCACCAGCCGGGCAGUGCCAAACACAACAGGGAUCACCAGAAAUCCUACCAGGGGGGCUCAGCGGCCCCCGCCUCAGGGAGGCCUAACCACCACGGCUACAGCCAGAACCGGCGCUGGUACCAGAGCAGCAUGAAGCACCCUCCAGGGGACAAGGGGGAGGCAGGAGCCCACCGUAAUGCCAAAGAGACCGUGGCCAUCGAGAGCCCCAAACUUGAGGACACCCCAGGGGACACCAGGAACAGUGGCCUUGAAACCCCCCGCAGCCCUGACACCCUCACCCCAACAGCUCCCGAGAGGCUGCCACCACAGCCUCCGGGGGGACCAGAGGCCGAGACCAAGCACAAAGACAGUGUCCCUCCUGAGCGCGCGGGGGAGCGGCCCAGAAUCACCCUGCUCCAGUCUUCCAAAGACAGGCUGCGGCGGAGGCUAAAAGAAAAGGUACCGGAUGAAGUGGCCGUGGAGACCACCAGCCCCCAGCAGAACAAGAUGGACAAGCUGAUCGAGAUCCUGAAUAGCAUGCGGAACAACAGCAGCGACGUGGACGCCAAGCUCACCACCUUCAUGGAGGAGGCCCAGAACUCCACCAACUCCGAGGAGAUGCUGGGCGAGAUCGUGAGGACCAUCUACCAGAAGGCCGUGUCGGACCGCAGCUUCGCCUUCACGGCUGCCAAGCUCUGUGACAAGAUGGCCCUCUUCAUGGUGGAAGGGACCAAGUUCCGCAGCCUGCUCCUCAACAUGCUCCAGAAGGACUUCACAGUGCGCGAGGAGCUGCAGCAACAGGACGUGGAGCGCUGGCUCGGCUUCAUCACCUUCCUGUGCGAGGUGUUCGGCACCAUGCGCAGCAGCACUGGCGAGCCCUUCCGCGUGCUGGUGUGCCCCAUCUACACGUGCCUCAGGGAGCUCCUGCAGUCUCAGGACGUGAAGGAAGACGCGGUCCUCUGCUGCUCUAUGGAGCUGCAGAGUACAGGCCGGCUGCUGGAGGAACAGCUGCCCGAGAUGAUGACGGAGCUCCUGGCCAGCGCCCGAGACAAGAUGCUGUGCCCCUCGGAGUCCAUGCUGACGCGGUCACUGCUCCUAGAGGUCAUUGAGCUCCAUGCCAACAGCUGGAACCCUCUGACGCCCCCCAUUACACAGUACUACAACAGAACCAUCCAGAAACUGACAGCCUGACAGCCGGGGGGCCUGGCGGGCAGCCCACGGGCAGCUGGGGCCCUGGCGCACAGGGCCAGAUGGACAGGCGGGAGGACAGGGGUGGCCCUGGCGGGGGAAAGAAAUGGGCAGGAAGGCAGGCAGAGUCGGUGGCCAGUCUAGAGCCAGCAGGGGAAGGGAUCAGAUCCCUGAGAGGAGCGUCCCCUCCCUCCCAGGUCCCCCGCCCCAACCCGAGCAUGCCCGUAGCUCACACCAAUAAGGGAAGCAUGUGUCUUUUUCCUGGUGGCCCUGGCCCUGGCCCAUCCUCUCUCCUGCCCCUCCCACCCCCUGCCACUCCACCCAUCCCCCCGCCCAGCUUUUUGGCGGGGUCUGUCCCUGCCGCUGCUCAAGAGCCUCCAGCAGCCUUGCACACCAGGACACUGCGUGGGUCAGAAAGGACCUCAGAAGGCUGAAAAAGUGGGUCGAGUCAGCCUCGCAUUGUUCCUGCGUGCUGUCAGCCGCAGUCGCCAACUGGCAGCAGGGACGUGUAGCAGAUGUCCGGGAGGACAAAGGCAGGCACCGUCCCCACCAGCCGCCCGUCACUGCGGGCCUUUGUCAGCCUGGCCGAGCUGGGGGCGGCACUUUUCUCUAACCUUCACGCUCCACCCUCCUGACUCGGGUUCCCCCAGCCCCAGCCCCAGGCCGAGGGGGUCGAGGGGGUCUGCCGGCAGCAGGAGGGAGCUGGAGCCCGCAGCUCAGCUUGCACCCUUUUAUUUUAUUGUGUUUUAUUUUUCAAAAGUCAGUUGCUUUGAAGUCUCUCCUCUCAAUGAAAAAGCCCUCGAUGUGAUCACAGUCAGCCCGCGAGGACCCCCUGAUUAGCUGCAGAUCAAACCCGGCCCCCUCUGGAAGGAUUCUAGCCACAAACAGCUUGCCAGUAGCCAAUUAGGGUAAUUGGAAACUUCUGCCCCGGUGGGGGUCCCCGCUGGAAUCCUCUGUUCCUCAGCCCCUGGCCGGCAGCCCCUGUGCUGUCUCUCUCAAAGGGCUGAUGCUGUCGCCCCUGGACUGAGUUAGACCCAGUCCUGGCCUGGGGCAGGGGCGGGGGCGGGCUGCCUUGCGGUGAACGUGGCCGGGGAACAGGACUGGCAAACUAAAACCAAAACGCACAGCUUGUCCCAGGCUCAUCCUGGGGGGAACAGGGAGCAGGGGGCUGCCUUGCUCUCCAGGACUUGGAAGGGUGGCUCGUGGGCUAGAUGGCUGCCCCAGCCUCCGCCCCAGCAAGACCCAGAAGCCCAGCCCUCCAGGGUCUUGGGAAGGGGGGAAUUCAUCCAGUCAGGACAGGGACAGUCCAGUGACUGUUCUGGAAACAAGGCUGGGGUUUCUUGGAAGUCCCUCCAUCCAGAGGAACGGCUUCCAUCUUUGAUGGCUAGAGAGGAGGACGAGGUCGUCUCUGGGGUAUGGAGCCCAUAUUUUGAUAAGGCCCCAGGAGAUGCCAGCAGAGCCCAGCAGCAUCCGACCUGCUCCUGGGUGGAGGCUGGUCAAGCCCUAGGUCAGACCGGAGGCUCUUUCUGGCCUCCAGGUUCAAAUCAGAUCGAGUGGGAAGGGAAGGGUGGGGGAGGUUUCUCCUGAUUGUUCCUGAGGCUAGGGAGGCGGAGUGGGUGGGUCCAAGAAGUUCCCCAGUUCUCCCUGAUUUACCCUCUGCAGUCGGGCUUCCAGCUCCAAGACAGGAGCCUGCGCCAGUCCCCAGAAAGAGCCUGUUGGGAGCAAAUUAUGGGGGACACAGGUUUUCUCUGCCAAGAGGCUCGUGCUCCCCUGGCCCUGGCCCCGCCCUCUUCCUCCCGCCCCUCCUUCCUGGGAUGCUGUUACUGCCCGGUGUCCUUCCCCAGCCCUUAGGCGCAGGGACCUCAGAAGCCCCACCGGAGGCUUGAGGGAAGAGCCAGGCUGAUUUGGGAUAUAGCUCAGCUGGUAGAGUGCUUGCUUCGCCUGCACAGGCUCUGGGUUCAGUCCCCAGCACCACACGCACAAAAAAAAGAAACACAGAAACGUAUAAAUGAUUUGGGGAUGCUCAGAGAGGACACCAGGGAAAUCAUGCUCUCCGGAGCGUGAAGUCUGGCAGCCUCAGCCAGGCAAGCUACUCUCCUGCAGCGGCGGAGAGCCCACGUGUGCUGAGAUGGCUUCCCUCAGGUGUGUGGUGUGUGUGUGUGUGUGUGUGUGUGUGUGUGUAUCUGCUGAGAAUGAAGCAGGGUCCCCGAGAGGCCGGGAGUGGGGGCCUAGGUCCAGUGGAAGCAGGUCCACUCCUCACUGGGCUCCCGGAGGGGCUCUUCAUGAAGGAGGCUCCCAGACACUGUGGCGGGGCUGGUGUCCCCUGCGGAGGCAGAGACAGGCAGCAUCGCAGGCACCAUGGGUCGAAUGCGCGUCCCUCUGAACGGCCUGUCGGGGCCUCGCCUCAGAGCCAGCCCCUUCUCGCCCGGGAAGAGCAGUGUGAAGAAGUGAGAUAUAAAUAUGUAUACAUAUAUAAAUAUAUUUUUAAUUACGUGUCGUGUCACGGUGGCUCUAGACAAACCGUUUGCCUAGUUUCUUCCAUGGCUUGAAAGCGCUUCCUGGCCAAUCCGUAACACUUUCGGCUGUUUUUCUAAAUGCAGGUUGCUGCUACUUUUUCAGACAUAGAAGGAAAACAUUUUUAAUUUUUUUUUUUAAAGAAACAACAGCAAAGCCUAAAACGUCAGAGUCUGGGCAGCUUCCCACGGGAGACUACUCAGACAGGGACAGGGGACAGAAGCAGGUGGCCCACAGCGCCCUGCCCCUCCCCAGGCCAGCGGCCCCUCUACUGCAAGAGGAAGGUCACCUCCAGCUGGCCUCUGAGUGUCUGACGGGAGGGAGGACUGGCCACUGCGUUGCCGUGGCCUGUGCUGCUCCCCUAUUGCCCGCGGUUCUUGGCGCUCGGAGGAGGCCCGGGUACAGCCAUCUGAUGUCGGUCCUCGUCUCCGCCCCGCCUGUCAGGAUGAGUUAGUCACCGUGUUCCUCUCGGGCGGCCUGCUUGCCACCCUCCUGCUGCCCACGGCCUGGUGGCUUUGCCUGAGCUCUGGGACGGCAACCCCAGGAGGGCUCCCAACCGUCCUCCCUGGGGAAGAACAUGCACCCCCAAACCCAGUUUGUCGUCUGUCCUUCCUUAACCAGUCUGUAAACCUUCACAGUUUGGGGAUCGUCCUGUCCAUCUGUGUAAAUGUAAAUGUUGACGCAGUCGGUAUUUAUUCUCGUUUUUAUUUUAUUUUAUUUUCUCUGCGGGGCGGAGGGGGAGGGACUGCACCGAGGCUCCCGCCCCAGGCAGCUGAAGGGGCGGGGCCCAGACAGCCCGGGCUGCCAGCAGGAGCAGCCCCCUGGGGCCACCCCAGACAGUGGCCUGAGGAAGCCCAGUCCCAGGCUGUUAUCUGGCAUCAGAAGCCGACCAGCGUUCCUUGUCCCACACGCGCUUGGCCUGGCCUUGGUGUGGCGUCCCUCAGCUGCUGGGCACUCUGUUGGGAAAUCUCUGACGGGGCCUUUGAAGAUGCAGAUCAGAGCAAAAACAGCUCUGCUAGGGACACGGGACACUAGCCCAGAAGGCUGGCCACCUCACCUGAGCCAGCUGGGGGCCCCACCACAGGACCUACCUCCCCAGGCGGAGCAGGGCCUGGGGCCUCCGGCCAGAGCUGCAGCGGAAACCUGCCUGCGCCCCGCCCACCUCCAUCUGUAUGUCCUGCUUUUCAGCUGAACCCAAACUACAAGUGGGUUUAAAAAAAUAAAUAAACAAUACCAAACACCCCAAA